UUCCCCGCCCAACCCUCGAUGUGGGCUGCGCAUGCGCUACGCCGGCUGCGGCCGGAGAGUCGGCGGCUGGAAAUGGCGGCCGGUGGCUUGGCAGCUGUGCCCGCGACGGCUGAGUACUCUGGCCCGGUGGCGUCGGCAGGGAUUCUGUCCAGUGUUAACGGCGGCCUAAACGCUGCGGCAGGGCCUGGUCCCUGCCCGGGGUCGUGGAGCCGUUCCCUGGACCGAGCCCUGGAGGAGGCAGCGGUGACCGGGGUGCUGAGCCUGAGUGGCCGGAAGCUGAGGGAGUUUCCCCGGGCAGCGGCCCACCACGACCUGACAGACACCACCCGGGCGGAUUUAUCACGAAAUCGCCUCUCAGAAAUUCCUAUAGAAGCAUGUCAUUUUGUUUCUCUUGAAAAUCUCAACUUGUACCAAAAUUGUAUUCGGUAUAUCCCAGAAGCAAUUAUAAACUUGCAAGCUCUAACAUACUUAAAUAUUAGUCGGAACCAACUGUCAACAUUGCCAGUACACUUGUGUAAUUUACCAUUGAGAGUCUUAAUUGCUAGUAAUAACAAAUUGGUCUCACUUCCAGAAGAAAUUGGACGUCUCAGACAUUUGACGGAACUUGAUGCCAGCUGCAAUGAAAUUCAGACUGUACCUUCCCAAAUUGGUAAUCUGCAGGCUUUGCGAGACCUAAAUGUAAGAAGAAAUCACUUAGUAUGUUUGCCUGAAGAACUUGCAGAGUUGCCUUUGAUACGUUUAGACUUCUCCUGCAAUAAAAUCACAGCAAUCCCUGUUUGUUACCGGAACCUCAGGCACCUGCAGGUGAUCACCUUAGAUAACAACCCACUCCAGUCACCUCCUGCACAGAUCUGCAUAAAAGGCAAGAUCCACAUAUUUAAAUACCUGAACAUGCAAGCUUGUAAGAUUGCUCCAGACCUGCCGGAUUAUGAUAGGAGGCCAUUGGGCUUUGGCUCCUGCCAUGAAGAACUAUACUCAGGCCGCCCCUAUGGAGCUCUCGAUUCAGGUUUCAAUAGUGUGGACAGUGGCGAUAAGAGAUGGUCAGGGAACGAGCCUACAGAUGAAUUUUCAGAUCUGCCUCUUCGGGUAGCUGAGAUUACUAAAGAACAAAGACUACGAAGAGAAAGCCAAUACCAAGAGAAUCGGAACAGUUUAGUUGUAACAAAUGGUGGAGUGGAACACGACUUGGAUCAGAUCGACUACAUUGACAGCUGUGCUGCAGAGGAAGAGGAGGAUGAAGCAAGACAGCUCCGGGGCCUAGACUCCGACAGCCUCAGCUCACAGUUCAUGGCGUACAUCGAACAGCGACGGAUCUCGCAUGAGGGUUCACCAGUAAAGCCAGCAGCCAUUAGGGAGUUUCAAAAACCAGAAGAUAUGAGGCGAUAUUCAUAUCAAAACAGGGUUCCAGUAGAGCCACCUUCUCUCUUGCCACUAUCACCAAGUCACAAUCAGCUGCCACACACAGACUUGGAACCGCCACGGAGAAGAGAACAGUUGGUGGAGCGUGCUCGGAGAGAGGCACAGCUGGCGGCCCUGCAGUACGAGGAGGAGAAAGUGAGGACCAAGAAGAUUCAGAGAGAGGCUGUACUGGACUUUAUCAAGCAAAAAGCAUCACAAAGUCCACAAAAACAGCAAUCUGCAAUGGAUAGUGAGUGUCCCUUCCCACCCAGAAGGUCUCAGCACACUGAUGAUAGUGCCUUGUUAGUGUCGCUGUCAGGGUUGAGUGAAGUGGGCUGUGCUGCCACCCUGCCUCAUUCUGCUGCCUUCCUGCCUCUUAAGAGUAAUGACAGACCUAAUGCCAUAUCACAUUCACCUACAGUGGAAGCAGCUGACUUAGUUCAUCACUCUGCUGCAUAUUCUUUUCCUGCUGCUAUCCAGAGAAAUCAACCCCCGCGCCCUGAGAGCUUCCUUUUCCGAGGAGCUGUCAGGGGAGAAGCAAAUAAAGGUCAUGCUUCCUCCCUUCUCUCGUCUCCUGCACCUGCCACAGAUUCUGCAGAAUGCAUCACAAGACAGAGAGAAGAAGAGCUGAAAUUAAUAGAUCAGCUACGGAAACACAUUGAGUACCGGUUAAAAGUCUCUCUGCCUUGUGAUCUUGGAGCAGCUCUAACUGAUGGUGUUGUUCUUUGCCAUUUGGCCAAUCAUGUGCGGCCUCGGUCUGUCCCAAGCAUUCAUGUUCCCUCACCGGCUGUGCCUAAAUUAACAAUAGCAAAAUGCAGGCGAAAUGUGGAGAAUUUCCUAGAAGCAUGCAGAAAAAUUGGUGUACCUCAGGAGCAAUUGUGCUUGCCUCUCCACAUUUUAGAAGAGAAAGGUUUGGGCCAGGUUGCAGUGACGGUGCAGGCCCUCCUGGCACUCGCCCCACCCAAACAGCAGCAGCCACAGCAGCAGCUGUCUGCUGUGUAAGGACCACACGACCACGGGCAUUGGCGUGGCCACCGUACGAGCAGGACACCGUGAUUGCUGCUGCUGGCCAUCUGCUUAACCAGAGCUCUUACGCAUUCUAGAAUGGACGUUUCCAUGAUUCCUACUGGGAAUGUUUGGCUUCAUUUCUCCAUUUUAGGGGAGGUUCUAUUCGUUUCCAUUGAUUCUUUUUUUUUUUUUAAUGACAUAGUUGAAUUUCUCAAAUGCCGUUUCUCAUUACUGAGACCCCCCACAACACGGAAGCCCCUGCAGGGGCUAGACACAGGCAGGCUUGUUCCGGUAGCAGAGUGUGGAAGGCGCAGAUGUGCAGCUAUCUCCUGAGCUCUGGAGACAGCUAGGAACUGUGCGCGAGACUCUCCCGAGCAUUUGCAGGUUUGCACUCAGUGGAGCUGGGGUGAGGCCUAGGGAUCCAUAUCCGCAUCCUUCCUGGUGGCUUCAUGCAGCUUCAGGCUGCAUUUGCCAUGUUGGGGACACUGCCUCCACUGCAGUUCAGCCACAUUUAAAAUCAAAAUCCAUGUUAGGGUGACGCGGCCUGUUUGUCAAAGGUAAAGCAAGAAUACUACAGCAAACCUAGACUGUGCACAGUAGGGCAGGUGGAGUUGUAUCUAAAGCAGUGUUCCGGAUGCUCUGUGAUUCCAGUCACCUCUGCAUCAUCUUCCUGCUAGAGGAUGGCCCUGGAGCAGCCCGCUGUGUGCUGGCUUCGGGGCGCCGCCUCCCCCCCAAGCUGCUCCCAGGAUCCCUGGGCCCGCAGGCGCAUUCCAGCCCUUACAGACACUUAGCUCCCCGGCCAGUGGGAGAUGAGGGAGAGCAAGCAAGAGGGGCCAAAGGAAGCCAGGUUUCCUGUACCUGUCAGGUAACCUCUAGGACCUGGUGGGGUGAGAGCGCUUAGGGCUUCCUAGGAACUGUCCUCUCCAUCUCCCCACCACAGGCUCUAUCCCCAGUGCCCUCUCUGCCCAGCUGCGGCGAGCAAAGGGCUGAGGGCUCACAGGGUACAAGGGCGGAGCCUUUACCAAGUUUAAACCGUGUACCUUUUUAGUUGUCAGUCAUAGCUUUUGGUGUUCACUGCCUUUGUAAACCAAGUAGAGUACGCAUUGGUAAAUGCCGCAUCUCAGUACUUUGGACGAAGUCAUUCUAAUUAUCUGAAAUAAUGUUUUCUCCGUGUUCUUGCAGGGUAAACUUUUCAUUAGAACCUUACCACUUCGUUCAAGUUUAACAUUAUAACAUUAACAUCUGAGCUGAAAGCCCAAUCCUUAAAGUCCUCACAGAAUGAAAAUAAAAUGUUUAUAAACACUUAGAGCCAGACCCACUACUUUCACAGGUCCAAGCACACCCGCCAACCAUAUAACUUGGUUAGAAUUUAGCAGUACUUUUUUAACUAGAUAUUUUUCCUUCUAGUCAGCAUUAAACCUCAGUAAAAUCUCCAGCUUAUGCGUUGUAAUAUAACAUGUGGGGAAUGACUCCAGAAUGCAUUACAGAAUGCAACACUGACUAUAUCUCAUUUUUAUACAGGAAUAAGUGGGAAUUUCAGUUUAUCUUAAAUUUUAUACUUAAUAUGAAACCUUAAUGUAUUUUUGUCAAGCUAAUUCAAAUUUGUGUUUGAAUUGUUAGAAAAAAAUUUUGUGUCCAGUUUUGGCUAAUAGUAAAAGAAAAAUAUCAGAUAUAUUGAAUUCUUUCUGUCAGUGAGGCCAGCCUGAACUACACAGUGAGACCCUGUCUCAAAAGAAAGAUCAUAAUGCUUUUGUUGGAGAAUGUUGGUAUUCAGUGUUUUGUAUGUACCAUACCUAUAUACCUUUUUUUAAAAAAACUGGAACAAUUCCAUUUAACAUUUAGGCUUGCUAGAUGUGUAUGGUGAACGUGGCCUGGUCACACUUGCCCUGGGCGGGAAGAAGGAACACCCCCCCCCCCCCCCGGCACUGAGAGUGUCAACACCAACAGGCUCGGUGCCCUGGGCAGCCCCUGCCACCUACAGCGAUUUCCCGUCAGCAGUUUCCAGGCCUUCAAAUGCGUCUGCUGCACACUGCAAACCAGCAUUCUCCUUAAUAACCAGGUCUGGAAACUUCACAGGAGGAGGCCUGGGUAUCUGGCUGGAACAGAAGAGAAGGCAUAGCAGGAGGUCACUCUUCUUAACAGCUUCUUAAAAUGCACCGCACAGCUAAUCACAGAGUCUGUAAUUUAUCUUGCUUCCUACCGUCAGCAGCAACUAAUGAUGUGGGACUAUGCUGACGAAUCUGAUGAAUUUGAAAAACUUAAGUGCUUAAGUGGGUCUAGAAAUGAAGGAAAACAUGGAUAGUAGGAGCCUUUUAUUUAUAUGUUGCAGUGAGCUGGUUUACAGCAGAUUCAUUUUAUUCUGAAAAUGUUAUAAACAUGUAAUUAGUAAAAGAUUUUGUAAAACAUUGUCCUAUAUUUGUAUGUGUCUGUAAAUAUAUUGCAUAAGUUUAAGUAUAAAUGUCAGUAUCAUGUACGCUAUUUGAAGUUGCCUGUAUGCCACCUUACACAUUGACAUUAAAAUAAAGCCAACACUUCAGUAGCAUGUAA